GUGGGGCUGGGGGGGGCGGGGGGUGUAUGUGUGUGGGUUACGAUGCGCGCGGCGCAUGCGCGCUCCCGCGCCCCCCCCAUCAGCCCCCCCCUCCCGCCGGCUCGGCGAAGGUUCCGGAGCUCGCGCGCGCCCCCGCCCCGCCCGCGCCGCCGCCACCCGCGCGCUCCGGUGCGGACUCCCCUGCGCGGCAGGUGUUCCCAGGCACGCUGUGUGGCACCCCUGCCUUGGAGCAGUUAAAGCCGUGAGGAGCAGGAACAGCUUAUUCCAGGUAACUUUGCUGAGAGAUGGCGGAGCACCGUCAGGACGUCACCAUGAUGGAGGAUCACGCGGCUGCUCAGGAGAAGCACAUCCCAUCAGGCUAUCCCCUUCAGAUACCAGUUGAUGAUGGAUCAGAUGAGCCUGUUUCUGAAACAUCUGACGCUAAGAGCACCCCAACUACGGAAGAUGCCACAGCACCUUUAGUGGAGGAAGGAGACCACGAGGAUCAGGGUGGUGUGGAACAGCACGGGGAGAUCCCAGAAGGAACCACAGCUGAAGAGGCGGGUGUAGGAGCCACUCCCAACCUGGAGGACCACGCUGCAGGAGAUGCCGCUCAAGGUCGUAUUGACAGCAAAGACAAGGAAGGGACUGAAGCUGAGGAAAAGAAACCGAAGGGCCCGGAGAUGAGAGGUGGCACGAAGACGGCCACGCCGCGGUCUGGAGCCGGGCAGGCUCAGAGGAACUCCACCAAUGCCACGCGCAUCCCAGCAAAGACCCCCACGGCCCCUAAGACACCCCCCAGCUCCGGCAGAAAGGAGCAGAAAAAACCACCUCCUGCAGCAGCAAAGUCUGAGAAAGGUGAGCAGCCAAAGUCUGGAGACAGAAGCGGUUACAGCAGUCCCGGCUCCCCCGGGACUCCAGGCAGCCGUUCCCGCACUCCCUCUCUGCCCACCCCACCAGCCAGGGAGCCCAAGAAGGUGGCAGUGGUCCGCACACCACCCAAAUCUCCUGCCUCUGCCAAGAGCCGCAUCCAGCCGUCAGCCGCGCCUAUGCCUGACCUCAAAAACGUCAAGUCCAAAAUCGGCUCCACUGAAAACCUGAAGCACCAGCCCGGAGGUGGCAAGGUGCAGAUUAUUAAUAAGAAGCUGGACUUUAGCAGCGUUCAAUCCAAGUGUGGCUCAAAGGAUAAUAUCAAACACAUCCCGGGAGGAGGCAGUGUGCAGAUUGUUAAUAAGAAGCUGGACUUUAGCAGCGUUCAAUCCAGGUGUGGCUCAAAGGAUAAUAUCAAACACAUCCCGGGAGGAGGCAGUGUUCAAAUCGUUUACAAGCCAGUCGACCUGAGCCACGUGACAUCCAAAUGUGGUUCCCUGGGCAACAUCCAUCACAAACCAGGCGGUGGCCAGGUGGAGGUGAAAUCUGAGAAACUGGAUUUCAAAGAUAAGGUGCAGUCGAAAAUUGGGUCCUUAGAUAACAUCAGCCACGUCCCUGGAGGAGGAAAUAAAAAGAGAGAGAAAGGCAAGGAAGACAAGACCCGUCCCCAGGCUGCUCAGACCCCAAGCCCAGACCCUGCUGGGUUCCAGGCCCUGGUGCUGGAGCCACUCAGCCCCCCGGAGAGCCAGCUCCCGGCCUUGCACUCGGCUGGGGAGGGCACCAAUUGAGACCCACAAGCUGACCUUCCGCGAGAACGCCAAAGCCAAGACUGACCACGGCGCCGAAAUCGUGUACAAGUCCCCCACCAUCUCCGGAGAUGCCUCCCCGCGCCGCCUUAGCAACGUCUCCUCCACCGGCAGCAUCAACAUGGUGGACUCGCCGCAGCUCGCCACGUUAGCCGACGAGGUGUCCGCUUCGCUGGCCAAGCAGGGCUUGUGAUCGCGGCCCGGCGGGCAGAGAGGGGAGACAAGGAGAGAGAAAAGAAAUAAGAAAGGAAAACAAAAAAUAAUAAUCUGGCCUUCUUCCUCUGUUCCUUUUACAGCUGCUUCCCCCCCCGUCCCCUCACUGGUUAAUGAUUUAACCUGCUUUUACUGUUCAUUCAGCUCUAGCUCCAGGACUUCAAAAUCAGUGACACUAUGAGGUAUAAAACCUCCUCUCCCCCUGCUCCUCAGAGCGCACAGCCCCUGCCCCUCCCUGCUCCCCCCUGUGAGGUCCCUCAGCCCCUGCGAGGCCCCUCAUCCCCCUGUAAGCUCCCUUGACCCCCUGUGAGGUCCCUUGCUGGCCCAGCCCUGGCAGGGACAAUGUUCACCACCCCAGGAGAGCAGGGAGAGGACAGAGGGGCUGACCCGACCCCCCCUGCGCCGCAAGGGGCGGGGACGGGAAGGGGACGUUGCCUGCCCACCGCUGCCCGGGCUGGGGGGCUGGCCUGCGGGCAGCACAGGCGGUGGGUGCUGCGGCCGGGGACUGCAGGGAGCUGCCCUCCCUGUCUGCAUUAAAUUUGCCUGCUGAUUUGGAAGAAACCUUUUGUUUUUCCCUCUGAAAGCCGAGAUGUGUAUGAAGAUAACUGCCAGGUACCCCCAGCCUGCUCCCAGCUCCGGCAGCUGGAGUCCCGGCGGCACCGGGGUGGCCCCUUGCGGAAGCGGCCCCGGUCGGCCCUUCCCCUCUCGGUGGCUGUGCUGGAACCGCUGAGUGGAUGAGUAGAGGCUUUUCCCCCCAUUCCUUUGGCAGCCCCUCGUGUCGUAGAGUAGAUUUGUCUGUAUAUGCUUGGACCGUGCCAGGGUGAUUGUUUUCAUAAACGAGCAUGUGUUUAAGAAAAUACUAAUAAAUGCUGUAAGUAGUUGUGAGCUGCCCGGUGCCGGCUCCUGGCGAGGGGGAGGCCCCAGCUCCGGCACCGCAUGUCUGCCGGGCACCCGGGGGGGGCCCUGCACCUCCCCAGGGCCGGGAUGGGGUGCGAGGGGCACUCGCAGCUCCCAGGCUGGGGUGGCCCCUGGAUUUGGGUGCAGCUUGUGACAUUUUGGGGUUGUUCUUUCUUUUGUUUCCCCUGCAAGGUCAGCUAAAGGGAUCGUGGAAGUGGCAGCUCCAUGGCUCUGCUGGUCUCGUGCCUUUGGCAGCGGUAGGAGACAACUGGGAGGAUGCGAGGGGAAGGCGCGAGGGGGGGUUCUUAUGGGCAGCUCCCUCUGGUCCCAUCCUGCACUUGGGGGCCAGAGGCUGCGCCUGGCACUGCCGCUGGUCCUGCCUUGAGUUUGCAGCAUGUUGCCCCUCACGGCGUCCUUCACCCAGCACUCCCCUCCUCAGCACCACACAGGGAACAGAGCUGGUCCAUUUAAUCCUGCUGCUGCUUUCACCCCUGUGGCACCCUGGGGAGCGUGGGGGGUGCCCUGGGGCUGCGCUGUGGCUGCCUCUGUGUGCCCCAUCCUUCUACAACCAAAGAGGCUGAGAGAGAUGUGCUCAGUGCGUCCUCCCUGCCCGGGGAGCCGAGCUGCAGGGAGAGCCCAGCGCGGGGCUGGGAUCCUGCUCUCACCAGGGCACAGGCACCGCUCGCUGUCAGUGCCACCGCGGCUGCACCAGGCUGUUACUGGGGCAGAGCAGGGGGUUCUCGGGGACAGGACCCCCUCCCACCCCGGGCAGGAGCCGAUGAACCUCCCCAACUGCUGCAGCGUCCAUGGGCUCCAGCAAGUUCCUCUCCAGAGCCUGUCCAGCACCAGAGAAGGACGCUUGUGUUGGGGGGACAGGACCAAACCCUUGUCUCCACAGCCCCAGGAGCUGCUUUACUGCUGGGGAGAGGCUGGUCCAGCACCACCACGAACCACCGGUCCUGUGACAGCCCCUGUGUCUCUUGCGCCGUUGCCUCUCUGAUUGUAAAGAUGCUGUGCUCCCGUCUGUGACCUUCUGUAUGGGUGUAGGAGGGAGGAGCUGCUGUGGUACUUUUGUCCUCUGUAAAGCAAGUGGGAGACCCUCCCCCUUUAAACCCUAUUUGGCUGCGGGAUGGUGCGUGGCUGAGCCUCCCCCACCCUGAGCUCUCCCAUCCUGGCCCUCGGCUGAGCUCCAUCCCGCAGCACCAGCCCCUGAGCAGCCCCUAACCCGGCCCCGUCCACCCACCGCAGUGCCCGAGCCACGGCCCCAGCCCUGACCCCGCAUCAGACCCCGGCCGGAGGGUGACCACGAGCAGCCGGACCCGUGGCUGUUCCUUUCCUCCACACACAUCUUGGUCUGAAAAGGGUUAAAACCGGCACCGAGUCACAAACCUGUGUUUUCUGCACUCAAACAAUGAAUUCCUGAUGCUUGGUCAAGACCUUCCAGUGUCGGUGCCGGUGGUGCGGGCAGCCCCGCGAGGGGAGGGAAGGUUUGAUCUCAGUGUAUCAUUUAGCUUAGCUUCUGUCUGUGCCUGUCCAUAGUGUAUCGUGCGUUUUAACAACUGGUUUACACUGUUGCCGUAAAAGUGAAUUUGGAAAUAAAGUCAUUACUACGAGAA